UUGACAAAGUCUAACCAAAGCAAAAUGCAAUUUGCCUCCAGUUUCCUGUUCAUUGGCCUGGCCUGUGCCUGUGUCUUCUCUGGUGCCUUGGCCUAUCCUCAUCCUGAUCCCCGAGAGAUUGUAAACCUAACUCCUGAACCCUUGGCGUAUGCACCCAAUUUCGACGUUAAGCCCUUUCCAAGGGUGCGUCGCCAGUUCCAAUUAAAUGGUGGUGGCGGUGGAAGCCCGAAGCAGGGAUUUGAUCUGAACCUCAACGCUCGUGCUCCAGUUUGGCAGAGCCAGAAUGGACGCCACUCCUUCGACGCUACGGGAUCGUAUGGCCAGCACCUUGGAGGACCCUAUGGCAAUAGCCGACCUCAGUUUGGAGCCGGAGGAGUAUACACCUUUAGGUUCUAGGAAAAUAGCACACUUUCUUAAUAUUUAUUUAGAAUAAAUAAAUAACCAUACGUUCAAAAGAAA